AUGGCAGGCCUUGCUCCCGCAGACAUGCACCGAAUAGUGGAGGCUAUUAAGCAAUCCGGACCGGUUGACGUCUCCAAACCUCUUGAGGUUUCGGGUCUCAAAGGGAAAACAAUUCUGAUCACGGGUGGUGCGUCCGGCAUUGGGGCCUCGCUUGCGCGAGAGUGGGCGGCUCAUGGCGCAAACAUUAUUAUUGGUGACAUCAACACAGCCGCUGGGGAGGCGUUGGUGGCAGAACUGCGUGGCUCGGCGUCGAAGGGCCAGCUUCAUCACUUUCAGCACUGCAACGUCUUGGAUUGGCAGAGUCAGGUCGAAAUGUUCAAAGCUGCAGUGAAAGCAAGCCCAACUGGCGACAUCGACGCCGUGGUUCCUAACGCGGGCGUAGUCGACCCCAAUAAUCCCAUCACGGGCAAGCCAGGGUUCGAGAAUCCAGUCGGACUGGACGGCGAUAGACCAUCGCCGCCAGACUUGAGAGUGAUGGGCAUCAACUGCAUGGCUGUUUUCCAUACCGUCCACUUGGCGCUCUUCUGGCUGGCGAGAAACAAACCUGGACGCGACAGACACAUUCUGCUUAUCGGGUCUAUAGCAUCCUUCUGUCCCGUCGUGGGAGAAUCUCAAUAUACGGCAUCAAAACAUGCAGUCAUGGGCUUGUUCCGAUCAUUGCGAGCCACCUCGUGGCGGCAGGGCGUACGGGUCAACAUCCUGUGCCCAUAUUUUAUCGACUCGGGCCUCAUGUCCCGCGUAGCAUUGACUAUGAUGGCCGGUGGGCGCAUGGCGAAGAUGGCCGAUGUGGUCGAGGCCGCAACGCGGCUCAUGGCGGACGACCAGAUCGUCGGCCGGGGGCUGGUGGUGGGGCCCCGGAUCAAGGUCAGGGACGGGGAGGACGGCGAGCCGAUCGUGGAGCUGAAGGAACCCGAGGACGGGCAGCGUGCUAUGUGGGAUCCUUACCUGCACGAUUUUGAGACGGUGGAGUCGUUCACUCACAAGUACACGCGGGUUCUGAACACGAUCGAGUACCUGAGAGGAUGGGCCGGAUGGGCGAGCGAUCUGGUUCACAUUUUUCUUGUGCGCAAGGGGCCGGAGAAGCUGCAGCCCACUAAGAGAGCAUGA